AUGGUUCUUUCUCGAUUCGUCUUUGCUGUAACUUUACUUUGGCUUGACCUUACUGUUCAUCUAUCACACAUUAAUCCCAAAGACAUUAGAGGUUCUGUGUUAGAGCUUCGAUUUUCAUGGUCAAGUUCUCUCCGGCGAAGCGCAAUCGGGUAUGUGGCUCAUGAGUAUGGACAAACUUGGCAAGGCACCACAAGAGGAGAUGUUUACAGCUACAGAGUAUCGACAAUGGAGCUCGCGGCGGGUAGAAAAGCAGCUGAUGAAGGAGAAGAGUGUUUGGUCGAAUGGGCCAGACGAGUAAUGACAGGUAACAUGACAGCCAAAGGUUCGCCAUUUACUCUCUCAGGGACGAAUCCAGAGAACGGAGCUGAGGAAUUAACUACUAUUAAAAAUCAGUGUGAAAUACAACGAGUUCGUGAAAAUUCGAGUUUUUGA